CACGACCAAACAACCUUCAACCUCAGCCUCCUACACCUUCCGAAAGACCACACAUUGAACACCGCCGCAAGGCCGCGAGGUUUUCUCACCCAGUUUGGAUCCACGCAGUCUGCAUGCUCGCCAUUGGUGUUGAGCACAAGGCAAUGGUGUGAUCUACGCCAUUGGCUUCCGCAGCAUUCAAUCCCCCCUCCUCCUACGCCGCCAUGGCCUACGCUCCAUCUCCCUCCGCCCCCUCCUCCAGCCUCUCUCUCCCCGGCCCGGCCUCCUCUAACGCUCCUCGCGGCACCUUCCUGCCCGGCACCAAAGUCCAAGUCGGCAAUCAGAGGGUUAUCAUCGAGAAAUAUCUGUCCGAAGGCGGCUUCGCCCAUGUCUACAUUGUGCGCAUCCCGCGAGAGGGCCACAAGCAUGAACUCGCCGUGCUCAAGCGGGUGGCCGUGCCGGACCGCGAGCAAUUGGCAUACAUGCGGACGGAAGUGGAGACGAUGAAGAAGUUGCAGGGGCACAAGCAUGUCGUCAAAUACAUGGACAGCCACGCCAGCCAGUUGAAGGCGGGAGGGUACGAGGUCUUCUUGUUGAUGGAGUUUUGCGACGGGGGAAGUCUCAUCGACUUCAUGAACACUCGCCUCCAACAUCGCCUGACCGAGCCGGAGAUCCUAAAGAUCUUUGGCGAUGUCGCCGAGGGCGUGGCCUGCAUGCACUAUCUCAAACCCCCGCUAUUGCACCGCGAUCUCAAAGUCGAGAACGUCUUGAUUUCCAAGUCCAUGUCCACCGGUGCGCCCGUCUACAAGGUCUGCGACUUUGGAAGCGCCGCUCCUCCUCGGCCGGCAGCAACAACGACGGAAGAGGCACGCCUCAUUGAAGACGAUGUGCAGAAGCACACCACCAUGCAAUACCGAAGCCCCGAGAUGAUCGACGUGUGGCGCAAGCAGCCCAUUGACGAAAAGGCCGACAUCUGGGCGCUGGGCGUGUUUCUCUACAAGCUCUGCUACUACACUACUCCCUUUGAGAACGUCGGGCAGAUGGCUAUUUUGAACGCCAGCUUCAAAUACCCCCCUCAUCCUCCCUUUUCCGCUCGGCUGAAGGCUCUCAUCGGCAGCAUGCUGAAGGAGGAUCCCAAGAAGCGUCCAAACAUCUACGAAGUCAUUCGAGAAACGUGCAGCAUGCGCGGCGUCGAGAUGCCCGUCAAAGACAUCUACUCCCAACGCACGCAGUCCGAAGCUCGAAGAAACGAGACUCUCCCCUCGCCGGAUCGCCCGACUUCCAUCGGCCUGACGAAGCAAGCCCCUCAGGUCCAAGUGCAAAGUCUCCCGGACAUUACGCCUAUGCGAAGAGGUCGCCCCGGGGCGCCUGCGCAGCAAGCUCCGUCUCCCGUCAUCAAACCUAGUGCCUCUCCCGCACGUGGCGAUCCCUUCGCAGCUCUAGAUUCCAAGAACUACGACGUUCGAGCGGGCGCUGUGGAUGAACUUUCUAAGAAGUUCCCAUCCUUAAAUGAGUUCGCCAUCACCCACGACAAAGGCGGCCCUUUCGUCUUUCCCUCGCAGUCUGACGCAGAGCCUGCGACUGCUCCUGUACAGGCCAAUCCAAAGAACCUGCACGAGCGAGUGACCAAUGCUCUCGCCGAUCAAGUCUUCCGACAAGCGAACCCCUCGUCAAGCAUCGGCAAGUCACAGUCCGCAGCUCAACUGUCGUCACCUUCGACAGUGCCCAGCACCAAGACCACUUUGCCCGCAGCCCGAGAGCCUCGAAAAGAUUCCGUGCCAGCAACUUCCCCAGCCGGCGUCGCAUAUACUUCGACUGCAACGGGCGCGUCGCCACCGACAAGCGCGACCACGACGGCCUUUCCAGAUAUCAGCAAGCGGCCGAUUUGGAAAGUGCCGGAUACCCCUUCCGGCCAGACGCGAGUCGGCGGUUCGCCGGCAUUGCAGCUCCCGAGCCCAAACCCCGAUAUGCUUCCAGUCCACCGCUCCAAGUCGCAAACAGCUACGCUGAGAGAUGCAACCGGCCCGGCGUCUACCUCGUCACGGCCGUCUUUGGAAGGGCAUCGGCCCGUGCUACCAGAAGCUGGAGAGCCUCUGACCAGAAGAAAGUCUGCUGAACUCCGUCCACGGCCUUCGAGCGCGUACAUGAGUUCUGAUAUGGAUUAUCUAAAGGGUCAAGAAGAGCAGGCCCGUAGACGGCCUGCAGUGGUGAGUCGGCGAUCCAGUAAAGAUGUUGCUCGCAGGCAUGAAGUAGCUGUGGACGACUCGAAUAUCACAGACGACAUGGAUUAUCUGCGCCGCAGUGAAGAUGCCGAGCGCCGAGUGAAUCACAGGCAUUCACUGCAUCGGAAAAUUUCGGAUCAGCGUUCGCACUCGCACUCGCACGUGCACCAUCAUGCCCAUUCCAUCUCUUCGGGAGCCAAGGGCAUGCUCACUGGUAAAUUCGGCGAUGCCUUCAAACGGUUUGAGCACCGUUCCAGCAACGAAAGACUUGUCGAUAGAGAAUCGACGGAGCCGGUCUUGCACACUCAACAACGGGAACAUGAAGCAAGAGUACUAUCCCCUACAUCGGCCUCGGAGGCUUCCAAUAGGCUCCGUUCCGAUGUGGAUUCGGCCAUCGACGAGACUCAGGACCUGCCUCCAGAGAUGCGACGAGAAAUGGAGCGCCGACGGCUGAGUCAGGAGGAACAACGAGUGGCAAGAGCUACCGCUGAGUACCGCUCUCGAGUGGUCGAAGAUCAGGGGACAGGCGGUGUGGGCGGGAUUCUUAAUCGAGCGAGCACGAUUCAGAAACGAGUACAGACCCUGCUCGACGAGGCAGGACAAAACUCGGCACCUGUGAAAAGGACGGCCGAGGGGUAUGGGCGGUACACUGCUGAUUCGGAUCCCGCAGCCCAACAAGGUCGGCAGGCUGUGCCGGCAAUAGUGCCAACAAAGACAGCGCCGCCACCUAUUGUAUCGAAGCCGGCAAUCAUCUCCGAAUUGCCAUCGGUGGCGAAUGCGAAGAUCCGGCAGCGGCCUCUGGAGCCUACCAACACUGCACCGCCCCCGUCCGCAUCCGCUCCGCCAUCACAGUCGGCUGUUACUGCCGCCCCUCCUGCCAGAAUGGCUCUGCGGCCCAGCGUUCCACCCAAGGCAGCGAUGCUGCGGACUGGAGGAAGCGCAGCAUGGCCUCCGCCACAAGCCUCGAACGCGCAGGAAGGCUCCAGCACUUCGAAACCAUCCACUGGCCUCGCAGCUCUCCUUGCAAAAGACCUGGAAGGUGUGCCCGACUAUCCACCAUCUGGGUCCAGCGCAGCCAUCUCCGCGCCCGAGAGCGAUGUGCAAUUCCCCGCGGUGGAUGAUGAUCUGGAGACGGAUUUCAGCAAACGCUACCCUACAUUGAGCGGCAUUGAGAUGGUGGAGGCGGAAAUUGGAGGCCAGCGGAAGAUUCUACGCGCAAGGGAGGUGUGAUGUGACGCCGUAUGUCUGGAUGAUCUAUGUGUUGUGCAUAUGACCAGCAGGAGCAUAAAUGGUAGACAGAGUUGUGAAGAGUGAUGGGCUGCUUGGCCUGCCGGCCUGGACUUCAGAAGCCCUCAACCUUACGGCAGCUGGCUCCCGUGCCAAGGGAAGCUCUAAUUUACCUGCAACGUGCGCCAUAUCUGGUAACAUCUGCGAUAUGCUCAUCAUAUGACAGUUCUGGUGUCGCGUGAAUAUGCAUGGUCAUCGCCGGCACCGUCAAAUGCAGCAUGACAAACCGCCAACCAACAUCAAAGUGGUGUUGGUUUACGGAUGCGGAAGGCAGAAGAAGUGAGGUGCGGCGCGAAGCUCACCUGGUCCGAGCUUAGGAGGGCGUGAUUUAGCGCCAAUCUUAUCUUAAUUUAGAAUGCCUAGAAACGGUCGUCCG